AUGGCGGCUAUGCAACUAACGAGAACUGCUUUUUUCGGUCUCUCAAAGGCUUUCCCUAUAAGCCGAACUCCGAGAACUCUUGCGGUGGUGAUUGGUCGGAAAACAUCUCAUGUCUUUUUCGCCUCGUCGGUUAACCAUUCUAAGGGUAGAUAUGAUCCGGUUGAGAAAGCAAGAGACUCGAGAGCUGAUUUGGCGUAUGAGUCAAAGAAAUGGAGAGAAGAAUCAGGAGAAUACGCUGAAGCUGGUAAGGACAAAGCUAAUGAUAUGAACGGGAAGACGAGAGAUUAUGCAGAACAAACGAAGGAUAAAGUGAACCAAGGUGCGAGCAGAGCAGCUGAUAAAGCCUACGAGACGAAGGAGAAAGCUAAGGAUAAAGCUUAUGAUAUGAAAGAAAAGAGUAAAGAUUAUGCGGAAGAGACUAAAGAUAGAGUGAAUGAAGGAGCGAGUAGAGCAGCUGAUAAAGCCUACGAGACGAAGGAGAAAGCUAAGAACAAAGCUUAUGAUAUGAAAGAAAAGACUAAAGAUUACGCGGAAGAGGCUAAGGAUAAAGUAAAUGAAGGAGCGAGUAGAGCAGCUGAUAAAGCCUAUGAGACAAAAGAGAAAGCUAAGGAGAAAGCCUAUGAUGUGAAAGAGAAGACAAAAGAUUACGCAAAAGAAGCCAAGGAUAAGGUGAAUGAAGGAGCAAGCAAAGCAUCUGAUAAAGCCUACGAGACAAAAGAGAGAGCCAAGGACUAUGCUGAGGACUCAAAGGAGAGGGCAGAUGAUAUGGCACAUGGUUUAAAGGAAAAGGCUCAAGAUAUUGGAGAGAAGACUAAGGAAACUGUGAAAGAAGUGUGGGAGACGGCUAAGAGCACGGCUCAGAAGGUGUCAGAAGCUGUGGUUGGGUCUGGUGAGGAUGCAGAUAAGGCUAGGGAUGAUGUUGAUAAGGGCUUGGAUGAUUUGUCGAAAAAGGCGAAUCAGAAUCGGAAUAAGGAUGAUGAUAUCAAGAGGUUCUAAAUUCACUAUUAUGUUUUUUUCUCUUUUUGUUAAUCUUAUAAGUAGUGUUUAUUAUCUUUUGUAUGUUGAAUAAGCUCUGUUUCAAAAACUUUGGUAUUAAAAGGGUUUGAUAGAGAGACUCUUUUGGUU